GGGGAGCCCUGUCUCCCGGUCCACCAGUCCUGCGAUCUGGCUCUCGGCUUCUGUUGCCAGCCCUGGGGUCUCGCUGGCUUUGCCCUGCGGGUGCUGAAGAUCCCUGGUGGCCGCCCGACUCCCGAGCGCCAGGAAAUGAAGGACAGGCAUAAAAUACACUCUGCUGCGACUAAUGCUGUAGAUGGACAGUUAGCUGACACAGGAUGAGCCGACUGAGACAGUCAAUCAGAGAUUACAGAAAUGAGGAAAAUAGCACGGCCCAGUGGGGCGAGUCAGCUGAGACGGAGAAUGGAUCCAACAACCAACUGGAGCCCAGGCAGCAGUUUAUGUGGGAACUGUUGACAUUCAGGGAUGUGGUCAUUGAUUUCUCUGAAGAGGAAUGGGAAUGCCUGGAGCCUGCUCAGCAGAAUUUAUACAGAGAUGUGAUGCUAGAGACCUACAGAAACCUGGUCUUCCUGGCCAUGAACUUUCAUCAUACCCAGAAAAUUACACCAGAGCCUGGCAUAGAACAUUUAUUUAAAAAAGUGAUAAAUAGAAAAUAUGGAAAUUGUGUCCUUGACUAUUUACAACAGAAGAAAGUAUGGGAUAGUAUAGGUGAGAGUGAAAUUCAGAAAUUAUACUAUAAAGGACAAGAAAAAUUAGUGGUGACUGUCCAUAAUGAAAAUUUUACUGUCAGUAGGCCUCAAGAACGUUUAAUACCUCAGAAAAGAAUUCAAUAUAUAACUGAAGGACAAGUUUCUAAAAGUGAUCACUUUGAAAAAUUUUUAAAAAAUGAUCCAUUAUUCAGAAGUGAACAAAAAAUUCCUUCUUGUGCCCAAACAUAUACUUUUAAUGAUUGUGGCAAGGCCUCUGUGUACUCAUUACUGCUUAAUCAAAACUCAAACAUAGAAUUCUGGAAAGUAUGGAACACGCAUAAUGAAACAAGAAACACCUUUAGCCAGGUUUCCACUCUAAACAAUUACCAGUGUACUUAUAUUGGAGAAAAAAUUUAUAAAUAUAGAAAAACACAGAAGAACUCUAGCUCUGGUUGCAAUAUGAGAGAACAUCAGUGUGGCCAUUGUGCACAGAACCCUUUCAGAAAUGACAAAUGUGGGAACAUCUUUCCUCAGUGCUCAAAGCUUAUGACCCAUCCAAGUACUCAGGGCCAAGAGGCACCUUGCAAAUGUGAGGAAUGUGAGAGAGCUUCUAAUCCAGCUGCUAGCCUUCCUCAAUACAGUGGAGCACAUUCUGGAAGGGAGCCCCCCAAAUUUAAGGAAUGUGUCCAAGCAUGGAGUUGCUCACCCCUUUCUAAACACCACAAGUUCCAUAGAAGUGAUCAACACUACAAAUUUAAAGAAUGUGGCAAAACUUUUAAUCAACAACCACCCCAAGUUAAGUACCACAGAAUUCAUACUGGAGAGAAUCCCUACAAGUGUGAAGAAUGUGGCAAAUGCUUUAAAAAUCACUCAACCCUUUUCAAACACCUGAGAUGGCAUAGCAGAGAGGAAACCUACAAAUGUAAAGAAUGUGGAAAAGUUUGUACGAGUUUUUCAACUCUUACUCAACACCAAACUAUUCACACAGGAGAGAAGCUCCACAAAUGUGAAGAGUGUGGCAAAAAUUUUACUCAAAGAGCAUACCUUACCCAACACAAGAGAAUUCACACAGGAGAGAAGCCCUACAAAUGUGAAACAUGUGGCAAAGCUUUUAAUCAAAGAUCACACCUUACUCAACACCAGAGACUUCAUACUGGAGAGAAGCCCUACAAAUGUGAAGAAUGUGGCAAAGCUUUUAUAGAUCAUUCAUACUUUACCAAACACCGGAGAAUUCAUACUGGAAAGCACCCCUACAAAUGUGAAGAAUGUGGCAAAGGUUUUAAUCAAAGUUCACACCUUACUCAGCACCAGAGUAUCCAUACUGGAGAGAAGCCCUACAAAUGUAAUGAAUGUGGGAAAGGCUUUAAUCUAAGAGCAUGUCUUACUCAACACCAGAAAGUUCAUACUGGAGAGAAGGCCUACAAAUGUGAAGAAUGUGGAAAAGCUUUUAUUCAAAGAGGGAACCUUAUACAACACCAGAGAAUUCAUACUGGAGAGAAGCCCUACAAAUGUAAUGAGUGUGGGAAAUGUUUUACUCUAAGAACAUGUGUUAUUCGACACCAGAGAAUUCAUACAGGAGAGAAGCCCUACAAAUGUGAAGAAUGUGGCAAAGAUUUUAAACUAAGGGCAUGCCUUAUUCAACACCAGAGAUUUCAUACUAAAGAGAAGCCCUACACAUGUCAAGAAUGUGGGAAAAAUUUUAAUCUAAGAGCAUGCCUUACUCGACACCAGAAAAUUCAUUCUGGAGAGAAGCCCUACAAAUGUAAUGAAUGUGGCAAAGCUUUUAACUGAAGAUCUCGACUUACAAUUCACCAGAGACUUCAUACUGGAGAGAAGCCCUACAAAUGUGAAGAAUGUGGCAAAACUUUUAAUCGAAACUCAAAUCUCACAAAACACCAGAGAAUUCACACUGGAGAGAGGCCCUACAAAUGUGAAGAAUGUGGGAAAGGUUUUACUCAAAAAUCAUGCCUUAGUCGACACCAGAGAGUUCAUACUGGAGAGAAGCCCUACAAAUGUGAAAAAUGUGGGAAAAGUUUUAAUCUAAAAGCACACCUUACUCGACACCAGAGAGUUCAUACUGGAGAGAAGCCCUAAAAUGUGAAAAAUUUGGGAAAGGUCUCUCUCAGAGAGUGCAUUAUUCGACACCAAAGAAUUCAUGCAGGAGAGAGACUGUACAAAUGUGAAGAAUGUAUGAAAGAUUUUACUCAAAGAACAUGCCUUAUUUGACACUGGAAAAUUCAUAUUGGAGAAGCCCUUUAUAUGUGAAGAAUGUAAGAAAAGAUUUAAUCUAGGAGCAUGCUUUGUUCAACAUCAGAGAAAUAAAAAUGGGGACAGACAAUGCAAGUGUAAACACUGUUGCAGACCUUUUAGCAAUUGCUAAAAACAUUAUUACUCACUGGAGACUUCAGAGUGCAUAAAAACCCUGAACAAUGUAAAUACUGUGCCUAACGAAUUUCAAUUUUUUUUAACAUUAGAAACCAGAUACCUAUAGGGAAUGUGGAAAGACAUUUGCCUGAAAUACAUGCCUUAAAUAACAGCAAAAUAUCUUUAAUGGAGAAAACACAUUAGAAAUAUAAAAAAUAUAGCAAAGUCCUCAUCUGUAAGUCAUAUCAUGAUGUAUGUGGGAAAGAAAUUAGGAAUUGCCUUUAAGUUUUGUUAAAAUUUAUUAUAAGCUGAUGUGGUUAAAAAUAAAGAAAUUCUCACAAGUAUCAUAGAAUAGUGCAGUAAACUAAUCUCUGAAAAGAUAUGAAUAUAUUAUAAAUCAAAGAUUACUCAAUAUUCUAACUUUUGAAAACUGGAGAAAAAAAUUUCAAACAUAGAUCAUUUUAUGAGAAGUCUUUUCCUGAGAGUUAAUAUAUAUUUUUGAGACUUUACAGUGUAUUUUGAAAUACUUUAUUAACAUUUUAUAUGCAUUUGGUUACUGAAUAAAAGUAAAAAUGUGUUAAUGUGUUAA